AUGAUACAACCGGUGGUGCUGUUGCAGCAUCAACCAAUACGUCAGGUGGUGAGGGAGAUACAACGCAGUGGAUUUGGUUCGAUCCAAUCUCAUGGAAAGAAGUCUGAGGCGGAGGUCUGUACGGCGCUGCAGCAAGGAUACAAGGAAGCAGAAUUGAAUCAGGAGCUGCAGCAGCAGCAAGUGCAGCAGCUGUAUCUUGAGCAUCAGCAGCAUCUAUCGCAGCAGCAGCAGCAUCUAUCUCAACAGCAGCAACAUCAACAACAGCAACAACAACAACAACACCUCACUCAGCAGCAACAACAACAGCAGCAACAGCAACAGCAUAGACAUCUACAACAGCAGCAACAACCUACAAAAGUUGAUCCGCAUGCACCUGUUGCAGAUCAUCAGGGACCUGCUGCUGUUGCUGCUGUUGCUGCUGCACAACCUGUUGCUGCUCAUGCACAGCAACAGCAGCAACAGCAGCAGCAAGGGGGGCCCCCAGGGGUACCCACGGGAGGAGUUAUUAAUGGGGGAGAGAUGCAGUCGGUUUGGGAAGCAGCAUCAAAUGCGGCAGCGGUUGCUGCUGCAGCAGUUGCUGCUGCUGCAGCAGUUGCCGCAAUAGGAACUUCUGCUCCUGUUGUGGCGGAAGCCCUCGCAUCUUCUGGAAGACCCGCCGAAUAG